CCCCCCGCACCUCCUUCGGCCAAAGUAACAUGCCGGCCAACCCACAGCAGCCAGGGGCGCCUCAGGGACAGGCAGGGGCACCUCCUGAUGGGGAAGAGGAGGGGAAGAAGCCCUCGGGGGAAGCGCAGGCGUCCCCACCAAAGAGCCCUGAGAAGAAAGGAGGAGAUAAAGGGAAUAAAAAGAAGAGCAAGAAAAAGUCUUCCAAGGAGUCGGGAGGAGGUCGCGUUCACGUGGACAUUCUGGGCGAAACGGCGAUGCGCAAUGCUCUCUUCAUCUGUCACAGCGUGCAGGAGCUUCUCUUUUGGCGCGGAUACCAGUGGGCGCCCGGAGGCAAGAAGCAGAAGGGCAAGAAAGGAAAGAAAUGAGGAACUGGUGAUGAAAUGAUUCGUUGUAAAAAGGGCGUGAUGAAAAUUUUAUGCAGAUGUAUAAUUAACAUCAGAAUGGCGUGAUUGCGAUAAGGCUGUAAUCUGGCAUAUCUUGCACUGCUGCAAGGACGAGGACCUCACUAAGGGAAAUAUACAGGGCUAAGAUUUAAGCGGACCGAGGCACUAAGAUGUUAAAAAAAACUGUAUUAGAUUAUGUAUAUGUGGCUCUCCAUUAAGUGUUAAUGGAGAAUAUGGCUUUAGAACGAAUGUAAU